AUGGCUAAAAGCGACGCGGAAGCAGAAAUAGAGAAAAUUAAAAUUUUAGAAGAGAGAAUAAGAGCCCCAUCGAUAUGGUGUAGGCUACCUUGUGGGUUACGCUUUGAAGAUCUUCAAGACACCAGGUAUGAUGAGGCUAUACAGCUACUAGAGAACAACUAUUUAACAGAUGAGGUAACAUAUCGGUCGGUAAAUAUUGUAAGUGACAAAGAGGGAAGUGAUGAGUUUGUUAAUAACGCCCGUAUAUGGAUGAAAGACAAAAUGUCUUUAGCAGCUGUGGAUGAAGAAACGAAUGAACUAAUUGGAGUUCUUAUUAUGAGGAUACAAGAGAAAAGUUCCUUCUCCCGUACAUUUAGCCGUGUAAAGCUCACUUAUAAUAUAAAUUAUACUAACAUAAUGACUUUCUACAACGAAAUUGAAAAACCGGUGAAUUUGUAUCAGUUAUUAGAUAUCAGAAAAUAUCUAAAAGUUUAUGUAGUAGCAGUAAAAACAAAUUUUCAGCAUAGAGGUUUGGUAAAGAAAAUGUUGAAGUCAGCCAUAUCGCUAUCAGCAAGUGCCAAUGUACCAGCAAUUGCUGGCAUAUUUACAGCUCAGCGUCUUCAAGAUAUAGCUGAGGAGCUGGGUUUUGUCAAGUUGAAUGAAAUUUUAUAUAAAAACUUCGUUAUUAAUGACAAGGUAAUAUUCACUCAGACUGGAGUUAAUAAUCACGCGGCAGCAUUUAUGGCAUAUCGUAUUCCUAAUAUUCAAGAGACUCAAGAAAUGCAGACGCAACAAAUUCCUAGAUUUAAUAUUGCGCCAUGCAAUGUUAAUAAAAUAUAA